CCCUCACUCACCCUUAAAGCACUGUUCAUGCAUGUGAAGGUGACCAUGGGAGUUGGACCGGUUGGCUGGUGUCUAAGGAGUGUCCAUAAAGCGCUCCUUGUAACAUACUAAAGCUGAAACUAAUUGAGCGCCCCUUUGGGGGUGCUGGCAUAUAUAACAUUAUGUUAAUUAGCAUACAUAUAUAUAUAUACACGGACGUACGUACGCACGGCACCCACGGACGCAGGGACGGACGGACACAUCGGAUCUUGUUGAGUGGCGCGGCUCGUGGCGUCCGUGCCUCGCCCACCGCCGCAGCCGCUGAGCCUCGCCCCGCCCGACCAUCGACCUUCACCGACUCUUCACCGAUGUCCAGCGACUCGCAGCCGUGGCGGGCAUGCAGCGCUUCGAUGGGGUAUGGACCUUCGCCCGAGGGCAAGGCCUUCGCACGGGACUUCCACGAUUUCUUGCUCACGGUGGAAGAGCGUCCUGACAAGCUGGAAAAAGUGGUGGAGCGACGUCGCAGGCACUUUGAGAAGCAGCUCACCAUCGACCUCAAAAAGCUCUUCCACGCAGAGACCGACUCCAGCACGCCCCCGCUGCAGAAUUCCACCCAGCCGCGCCUUCUGUUGACCGCUUCUUCGUGCGAGCUGCGGAAGUGCGAGCGCCACGUGGUGCAGAUCUAGGAGCGCAGAUCUCGGUGGCACCGACCAAGCAGAGUCGAUUGCCGAUGGAGGAGGGGACUGUGCCGCUUGGGCUCUGACGUCCCUUACUUUCUUCGACCAACGCCGGCGGGGUUUCCGCGUGGGCAACAAUGCCCACAUGGGCAUCAAAGAACUCCUGAGAGCCAUGCCAGUUGCCCAGAUAUGCCAUGAUAUGCCCAGAU